GUUCAAAGGUGCUGAUUUGGUGUCAAUUUUGAUGGAGAUGGAAGAUGACCCUGACCUUGCUUUGAAUGCCAAUGUUUCUGGGUCGUGCGUACCAACUUCGCCUUCAGACAAUGCAGAAGUUGAAGUUGACGAUCUUCAAAGUCUUGUGCUUGAAAACGAAAGACUUAAAGAUUUACUCUUCUGUAAAAUCUGUCUGGACAGGAGGGCAGACAUUGUAUACCUACCCUGUGGUCACAUUUUCAGCUGCCCACAGUGUACCCACGCUCUUGACCACUGUCCUAUCUGCCGCAGUGCAAUUAAUGACCACGUUAAGGCGAAAUUUGCAAACACAAGACAUGAAGUUGCUUUUGACUAUGAUGAUGCUCUAUAAAUGAAUAUAACAUGCUUUAGCCUUAAGCACAAAUGAACAUCGUCCAUUUAGAGUUGAACUUUUUUUUAUGUGACAGUAUAGUAUUUUCAUCAUGGACACAUUUUUGGUUGUAUUUUGUCCAAAACAAUUGACACUUCACAUAUCAUUAUAAGCAGAAAUAGUGUUUUUUUAGUGUUUUAUGUGCAUCUGUAAAGAUUGUGGUUGGAUCAUGAUAAAAUGUUGUGAUAAUGUUGAAUGAUUAGUAUGCUGUGUUAUGUUAUGUGUCACAUUAUGUUUAAACGGAUUUUGAUCGGUGAAAGUAUAGAGCAACUGUUUGAAUGCUUUUCCACAAAGGAGUCCGUCACGAGUCAUCAUAUAAAACACAUUUUUCAACAAGUUUGAAGGAAACAUGUGAUCAAGAUCAUUUACCUUAAGUAUAUAAUGGACGAAGUGACAUGUUAGUCUUAAGGUUGUAUUAUAUAUGUUUGUUAAAAAUACAUUAAGAAAAAGUCACCAGCAAUGCUUUGGUUUAACAAUCCAUAUUUUAAAACAGCAAAGGUUCUAUUAUUUUCUAGAAACAUGUGUGUAUGGUACCUCAAAUACACCUUUCUUAAAACAGUUUUUCAAGAAUUCUUUAGUUUUGAUUUUGCUAAGUUUCUGUAGUGCAUGUAUUUUAUAAUAUGCCUAGUAUCAGCAAAUUCUGUUGCUUAUUUUGACUUUAUCAAGUUCAGGUAUUUGAUUAGUUAUAAGUUAAAACAUUGCACACAAUUUUACUACAUUCGAUAACUUAAGUGGGAAUAUUCUGCCAUAAACAGUA